UCAGUUCUGGGUGCAUCCCAGCACCCCACACAGUGGCUGGCUCGCAGUAGGCACUGAGUAUUUGUUUAGUAAAAUCUGUCAAUUUUGGUAGGAAGAGGAGGAGAGUGGAGAGCAAGGAAUAAAAACCCAGAAGACCAGGCUCUGCCUCUGCCAGAGGUGAGGACUCUUCCCUCCACCGCCUGCCCUGUGCCGCCACCAUGCUCGUCCGGGGGCUCCCCGUGUCCCUCUGUGUCGCAGGGAUCCUCCAGCUUUUCUCAGCGACAGGCAGCAUCUUGGACUCUGCCCUGCGGCUGCUGAACAGUGGCAAGACGUUCUCGAGGGUGGAGGCGACGCUGAGCUGGUCUGAGGCCCUGCGGUACUGCCGGCGGCACCACACGGACCUGGCCGACCUGCAGAGCAUGAACAGCGUGAGCAGCAUAAGCUCCCUCUACUCCCUCACGAGCAGCACCGAGGCGUGGAUCGGCCUCUUCUUCGACGUGCGCGUGCGCGGCCUGAGCUGGUCCAGCGGCUCCACCUUCGCGGCGCCCGUGUGGAGCUCGCUGCCCGUGUUCGCCGAGGGCGUCUGCGCCACUCUGUAUUCCGUAUCCGUCUUCCCCAACCUCGGGGCCGCCUCGUGCACGGCGCAGAAGCCCUUCAUCUGCUACUACGACCCUGCUGUGGGGCACCGCACCCCCACAGAGCCCGCUCUCAGCCCAACCUCCUCUCCAAAGCCAGCUGUGGUCCAGAUUGGCCGACAGACCUUCAUGCGAUUCGACCAAGAAAUGACCUGGCCGGAGGCCCUGCGGUAUUGCCACAGCCACCACACGGACCUGGCCGACCUGCAGAUGGUGACCGACGAGGCGGGCAAGGAGGCCUUGAAGUCCAUCACGAGUGAGAUGGAGGCCUGGAUCGGCCUCUACUUCAACGCGACCUCUGGGUCUCUGAGCUGGUCGAGCAACCUGGGUGCCAGCAUCCCCACCUGGCUUCAAGUGCCCGAGCUGGGGACGGGACUGUGUGCGGGGCUCCGCACCUACGCGCGCUACCCCCCUCGAGUGUAUUCGUUGGCCUGCUCUUCCCUGAGACCCUUCAUCUGCUUCUAUGACCCUUCCGUUGGGCACUGGGAGCCCACAGCUCUCCAGCCAUCCUUUCACGCUCCCUCCUCAGAAGUGGCCGUGGAGACAAUGCGGAGGCCAACUAUGACCACGGGAGGAAGUGGCAGUGCCGUGAGAGAGACAGCCGCCGCCACUCAGGCCCAACGGGUGAGCUCACCCGAACACCCAGAGUCUAAAGGCAAAACUCCGGCGCCAGCAUCAGGGCAGGUCUUUGGAAUCCUGAAAGCAGAUUUUACCAUCCCAGCUCUCCUGGACCCAGAAGACGUGAAAGACCAAUUUUUGAGUGAGAUCCGAGAAGUCUUAAAGCUUACAUUAGGUCACGAGCAAUUCAGAUUGAAAUGGGUUGGCUUUGAAGUGAACAAAAAACAGCCCAUGUCGGCAGACCCGGAGGCUUCUCACACCAUCUUCUCUGGAUUUUGA